AGCAACUCACUAAGAUAUACAGAGUAAAUAGAAAAAAGAAUUAUAAAAAAAAAACUCAAUCAUAUUUUUUCUUAAUCAUACCUUUAUCAAUCUUUUGAACAAAUCUCAAGAAAAAUUCCUCAAUAAAAUCAAAAAAAAAAUAUACAAAGCAAUAAAAACCAAACAUUCGCGACACACACAAAAACCCGCCCCAGCUCUUAACAAUGUCAUAAAAACAAUUUAUACAACAUAAUAACUACUCCACACAUUUCUUAUUCCCCGACACAAACAUCCCUCGCGAUUGGGGUGUGAACGUUUUACCGAGACACUAGUACCAGUAAAAUUAACAAAAUAACAGUUUUUUGUACUAAAAUCACGUUGAAAUAUAUUAAAAAACGUUUUAAUACAUAUAUUUUAUGUCAGUGUAUUAGAAUAUAAGUGAAAACUUGUGUUUUUUUCAUGUAACCUAAGUUAGUUUGUCGAUCAAAAAUGUCGUCUGCAAGCGAUCCAAAGAUUUUCUUCUGACAUUAUUUUUGAAUGGUCUAUUUUUGAAAUUACGUUUGUUUUAAUUAAACGUCGCGUUUUGUUUCAUUAUUUUUGAGAGUGUCUUGUUUUUUUUUCAUGAUAUUUUUUGCCUUGUGAUUCGAAACUGGAGUGACAGAGUUGAAACAUAAUAUAUUUCGUUCGUAAUAAUUUUUUGGUGGUCUACGAUUGGAUAUAUGUCAUAUUAACUCCGAAAAAGAUGGACAUCAGCAGAGUCGUAACGAUGGAAAGCCAUUUGAAGACUCGUCAUAAUUAUUCUUAAUCAGCGAGUGAGAGCGCUGAGCGAGCGAGAGAGCGCAAUGCAUCCGACCAGUAGGUGACGCUGUCGUCUUCACCCGCGGAACAUGUCAUGGGACUCCAUAGAGUCGCGCGACUUCCUAGGCGGGGUGCCGGCUCACCAGCUGUCGGCGACACGUCUGCUGAGCUCACCUGAUCCAUCCAGACACCACCUCGAUGAGCCACAAGAAGUAUACCCGUUCUCCGAGGACUUCCGCAGCGGUGCGGCCGGCGGCGCCGGGUCCGGGCGUAACGGCACGUUGCGGUGGGGCUCCCGGUUCGGCCCGGCGCACCGGCCGCCGGCCGCCGGACUACUCGACUGCUUCAGAGCUUGCAGGUCCAGAUUGGACCAGUAUUUGGCGAGAAGGAAGAUCGAGCGUGGAGUCCGCCUAUACGGACAGAACGAGCAGAGACUAGCAGUGAAGGUCUGGCUCUCCGCCCUCCGAGGAGUGAGGCAUCGGAGUGACAAGUUCGCGUUACUAGGACAUCUAUACCAAGCUUACAUGGACUUUGGGAAGUAUAGAGAAUCUCUAGAGUUCGCGAACCGUCAGCUUGGUAUAUCUGAAGAGUUGGACUCCGCUCCGAUGAGGGCUGAGGCCUAUCUGAACCUGGCCAGAGCACAUCAGACCUUGGGUGGACUUGACAGAGCCCUCUCCUACGCUCGCCAAGCUCUCUACAACGACUGCGGCGGCGGCUCCACAGCUGGUUGUGUGCAUCUAACCGUUGCAGCUGUCAGUCUGGAACUGGGAGCAUUCUCCAAGGCCAUGGACGCCUUCCAGAAGGCUCUGGCGGUCGCCCAGGCGCAGAAUGAUAAUACGCUGUUGCUUCAGGUAUACGUAGGUCUCUCCGAGCUGUGGCGGCGUCUCCGCGACGCGGAGCGCGCGGUGGCGUGCGCGGCGCGCGCGUGCGACCUCGGCCGCGGGCCGCGCGCCACUGACCUCAACACGCGCCACCAUCGCACCGCGCUGCUGCAGAUGGCCGCCGCGCUCCGAGCUAGGGGGGAGCUGGGGGAUGCGCAUGAUUAUUGUAAUGAGGCAUUACGAUUGGCGGCAGUGGCGGGAGACCAAGGUUGCUACGCGCGCGCUGUGCGCAUCGCGGGCGAUGUUUAUCGAAGGAAAUGUGACAUCGGGAAGGCUUUGAGACACUACGAAGUAGCAAUGGGCGCUGGGCAAGCGCUGGGCGACCGUCUCGCCCAGAUGGAAGCCAUGGAUGGCGCGGCGCGCUGCCUCGAGGCUCUCCGCCUGCAGGGCAGGAUCUGCAACUGUCGCCCGCUCGAGUUCAACACCAGGCUGCUUGAGGUCGCCACUUCUGUUGGGGCUAAGAUGCUAGUCCGCCGCGUCCGUCUCCGUCUAGCGGAGAUAUACACGGGCCUGGGCGACAACGAGGCGGCCGCUAGGCAACGCCGCGCUGCCGCCGCGUGGGCCGCGCCCGCCUGCGCUCGCUGCAGGGAGCCCCUGGCCGAGCGGGCCGAGCCACUCGCCUCACUGCCUUGUGCACAUAUUGUGCAUCAUGCCUGCAUGCCGGAGUCGUGGUCCCGGCGCUCGACCCGCAGCCAGUCGGGCGUGGAGUGCGCGGAGUGCGCGUCCCCCCGCGCCGCCCGCGCCCCGCCGCCCGCGCCCCCCGCGCCGCGCACGCUGCCCACACAGGAUUUCCCAUUCGGUACACCGCCAACGCUUCGCGAAUCAGACCUAAACUCCAUCAUAUCUGACCACAGCAGUCAACAGGCCACUUCCAGCGUUUAAUUACACAUUUAUUGACAGCUGACAUUAAUGACAGGUAUUACUAAAACUAUCGCAGAUGGCAGCACUGUAGCUUAUUUCGUGUAGAAAGAUUUUCGUGCAUAAUUUGUUUCAUUUUGUAUGUUUUUAGCUUUUUUAAACGUAUACAUAAGUAAAAUUUGAUCAGUUUGAAAAUAAGAUACGGUGAUGUGAUCUAACAAUAUUUGUUUUUUAUUUAACUUUUAAGAAAUAACCUUUUUUUGUCUCUUUUUCGAAAAUUUCUUAAAUAUUACGGUCCUAAAAUACUAAAUUUGCUUUUAAAACUGUAUCAGUGACAAAAAAUGACUAAUAUUUAAAAAAAUACUAUUAAUUAUUACCUAUAUGAUUACUAUUAUAUUAUAUUGAAUUUAAUACCUACUAUCAUCACCCUCGCUAUGCGCAGCGGUAUGAGUAGGUGUUGUCGUUUUCGGUGCAAUAAAAAUAUUGAUGUCUAAAAAUUGUAUUAUUAUCGUUAAAAUUAAAUGUAAAAUUUUAAUUUAUAUACUACAUAUUAUUGUGUAAUAUAGUGGUUUUAUAUGUGGUUGCUAUAAUUAUAUGGUGUAUACAUUGAUAUAAAAUGGUUAAAUGUAACUUAUCAAAUAGAGGCAGUUCACAAUUUUUUUUAAGGGGGGAAAAUCAUUUGUUUGUUGGGUUUAUUCAAACCGGCUAAUCAGAGCGCCGAACGCGCUUUCAUUUCGAUUACUUUCAACUUAAAGCAAAGUCGUACUAGGGCUACAAGUUUAUGAGUUAAUUUGAGUUUCUAAUACUGCCUCUGGUUUUGCAAAGUGAGGGUGGGUCAAAGGAUCUCGAGUUCGAUUCCCACGUCAAGCAACGCACUGGGAAUUUUUAUACAGUUUAAAAAAAAACAAAUAUGGAGCUAUUUAUAACUGGUUGUAUGUGAAUGAACUUCUGCCUAAAUGGGAAUUAAAAUUUACAUUUAGCUUUGUUAUAUCAAAGUUACAUAAAAUUUAUAUCACGUGAGCAAUAAAGAGAAUAUUUUUUGCUUAUCUAUAAUUAAAAAAUUAAAUAAACAACAUUAUAAAACCACGAAUUGAUGUGUAUUAUAAAGAAAUAUUAAUAUUUUGAAUGGAAUUAACUAUUGGAGCGUUUAAAAAUGGAAUAUAUGAGUGUUUUCUUACUUGUUUUAAAGUAACACAAUAUUGUUACACAAAUGUUUAAGGUAUAACACGUAACGCCAUCUAUGGUCUUUUAUGACAGAUGAGAACUGAAUUUUAUAAUGUCAUGGCAAUGUGGAAUGUUUUCAAGGAAAUUUUUGAAGAAAAAUGCUGCAUGCUUUAAAUACUUUUGAACCGAAAGUUCAUCGAAAUUGAUUUAGGCACUGUAUGCAUAAUAAACACAAAUCAUUUUACUUUUUCUAAAAUAUUUUAUUUAACGAUUUUUUUAUAAACGUCGGACCAGUAAACGACGCGUUAUGGCGGUUAACGUGUUAAUAAUAAUAUAAUAAUAUGUGCUUUAAGACAAGUAAGAAAAAAUAUAUAAAACGAAAAUGAACAAAUAUAAAAACAAAAGGAACGAAUGUCCAUAUCCCUAUAUUAUUAAAUUAUAAAUAAAAAUAAUUAUUAUUAUAUUACUACGAUGUAAUAAGUGUAAAGUUUGAGUCUAUAAUAUAUAUAUGAUAAGCAAAUGAAUCGUCGUUGUGAUGAAACUUUAGUAAGACUUUAAAAAUUAAGCAAAAGAAAGCAAUGUUUUCCUUUAUUUUCGAGCAAAAAGCCCACCUCAGGCAAAGUAUUAUUGAGUUGUUUGACUACGUAUCGAAAUUAAUCAUUAAUAGCUCUUGGAAGUCUCAAUAAUGAUAACGACGGAAAUCGGUCGUUAAGUCCUAUCAUUAAGACAUUUAUUUGGGUCAAUCUCCAAAACAGGCGUAGUCUCAUUAAAAAUAAUUAUAUUCAAAUAGUAGUAUUUUUUGUUAUUUUCAAUAAGUACGUAAUUACUAUUAAAUAUCUAUAUCUAAAAAGCACCAAAGCGAUCACACGAAUACGCCCGUUUUGUAGAUUGGCCCAUUUGCAAUUUUAUUUCACUAUAAAAGGGAAACUACAGGAGGACACCAAGCUCAUAACUUAACGACCGAUUUUUAGUCGUUGUCAUUGUCGAGACUACCAAUUUAAGAUUGACCGGAUUCCUAUUACAUUAAACGCGUAAUAAAAGUGGGUGUCACAUGUUAAAUGUCACAUUCAGCAUUCAGUUUGCUCUGUCUACCCAUUUUAUGGGUGAAAGACAAGUAUGACGCUUUUAUAUCAGAGGUGGUAACACAAUUUUUUUUAUUUAUGAAGGGAAUGCAAGAUCUGUUGUAUACGCUUAUUUAGGUUUAUUAUACAAACACUGAUAAAGGCAAUCUUAUGAGCGUUGUCAUUGGGAUAUAAAAUAAGAAUACCUAACCUGUGACAGUCUAGCAGUCACUGCUGUAAUGAAACCCUCCUCUACUUAAAGCAUUAACUGCCAAAAGAAAACUGUUGAAGGCAAAUCCUCGGCUAAAAGUUCGUCACCAGUGUCCGACGUGACGGUUAACGUGUUCAAAGUCAAAAUCAUUUAUUUCAAAUAGACCAGGAAGACACUUUUGAACGUCAAAGCAAAUAUAAUAAUAUUAAUAACGUCUGUCUGUCGGUCAGUCCUCUAGUGAAGCUAUUUUAAGUUAAGAGGGUUUAACAUAAUCUUGAGAAGCAGCUAAGUUAGAGAAUGCAGUUUAAAACGUUCAUGUUUAUCAGAUAGCAUUGCUUUUUAGCGGGAUCAUCCAAUGGCUUCUCCCGCCUUGAGCAAAGUGAAAGGGAGUGUGAGACUCUUAUUGGCUAAAAUCCACUCCGUUCCUACUCCUGCUUUUCGAGGCGAAUUACCGCUACUUCACGUGUCUUUGUGAAAUGUGGCCAUGAACCGACCCCAUGGCUGUUUCUGACACCAACAGAAGAAUAGUGGCAAUGUGUAUGCUACUCUGUCAGGUGACUUAACAGUACCUUGUUUUACAUACAUACAUACAUAUCGUCACGCCUUUAAUCCUCGAAGGGGUAGGCAGAGGUGCACAUUAUGGCACGUAAUGCCACUGUGUACAACCCACUUUUCACAAUUUAUGUUGUAAGUCCCAUGUAAUAGGUGGUGAGCCUAUUGCCAUAUACCGGGCACAUUUCCAGACUCCGUGCUACUACUAAGAAAUUUUCGAAAAACCGAAAAAAGCCUAGUAAUACUUCGCCCGACCCAGGAAUCGAACCCGAGACCCCUUGCCUGGCAGCCGCACUUGCAACCACUCAGCCAACGAGGCAGUACCUUGUUUUAAAUGAAAUUAAAUGUUUACGCUCAUAAGCAUAGCCUCCAUAUAAAACUAGUUUAUAGCCGUUCUCUGUUUAAUUGUAAACAUUGCUGGAUUAUGAACUAUUUUUUAAUAAAACGUUGCCCCACACUAGGAUUUUCUUCUGUGUCGUGGGUGCGUUUACAAACAUACAAGUUCACAUACACAUGACACCCAGACCCGAAACAACAAUUUGUGGAUCCCACAAAGGACUUUUUUCUGAGAGUUUAUUAAUCUAACGGUGUUUACAAGUAAACGGAACAAUAACCAUUAUUUAAUGUGUUUUUAGGACCGAGAAUCCUUUGAAAAAUACGCUUUAUUAAUAUGAAUGAAAAAGUAAGUUUGUUUUGGUACGAAUUAUUAAUUAAAUUGAUGAGGAUUUUCGUUUUUGCGCUGUAAAGAUGGCGUUAGUGAGUUAUAAGGUAAUAUAGAGUCUUAUAGUCACAAGUUGACUGAUAUUAUUAAAUAUUAUAUCGGACAGAUAGACAUAAAGCUACACUAGCGCCUCUAGCGGCGCGAAAAUCCUCAUUCAGAUGUGAUUAAGUCGAGUUGUAUGCAAGAUAGUUUUUAAAAUAUGCAUAAUAGAGAUUUAUACUAUAUUAAGGGUUGUGCCAAACCUAAGAUUUCCCUUGAUCAUUUUUUUAUUUAUUUGGAAUAUAUUUCUACUAAGUAUGCCAUUGUAACAAUUAUGGCAUUAUAAGCAAAAGUAAUGGUAUAACUAUCAGUUUUUAUGAGCCCAUCUCACACAAAAUAAUAUAUAAUGAUGGGAAAUGUACGAUAAAGAUUUCAAAAUGUAUCGAUAUUUCAUUUUUCACCUUAUCUCAGCAUACAAGUCGACUAUUGUGUAUUGUGAUCAUAAUUAUUUUAGAAAGAAAUAUAUAUUAUACGCUUGUAUAGUUAACACAUUCGUUGCUGUUACACUAUACUAUAUAUGUCAUAGUAUGUAGUUGUAUAUUUCUGUUACAAAUGAGAUAUACAUAACUAUAACAUAGUAUAUUAGAAUAUUUUAUCGUGAAUCCCGGAGGAAAUUGAAUGAAUUUGUAUCGAUGGACAAGUAAACGGUUGGUGUUUCCUGUAAAUAUUAAAUUAAAAAUAAUAUCUAAAAUCAAAAUGUACCUUUAUGAUAAAUAUCUUAAAUUAAUUAUUAUUUUUCAAAAAUAUUACACUUUUCGAUCAUACAUAACCUCUAUGAUUUUUAACUGUCAAAAUUAUAUUUUCAUACAUGACAUUACGUUUGACAUUUACAAAUGUCAGAUUUAAAGGGAAUGACAGUUGAGAGUGUCAUCGGGAUUCUAAGCCAUAGGUAGUAUAAAAAUCAAUCAUAAAUAUAGUUAAAAAAAAUCUGAAAUUCAACAUAAUAUAAUAUAUUCUAAAUCCAUAAUUAACUGCCAAAUUUUAAUCGUCAAUUAAGAAUAACAUAAUAUAAUGAAGAGAGCAUAAAUAUACAGUAUAUAGACGCACUGGUUUGUCGGGCACAUUAAAUGUGGGAGGACGAAUGAAAAGAAUAAUUAAACAUUUAAAAAGAAAUCUUAAAAGUGUCACUGCCAAUCCGAAAACUCGUAUUCAGUUGGGAAAAAUUGCAUAAUUGUUUAUAAUAGUGUACAGUGGCCAGUAAUUCAAUUUACUCUAUCUGUAAACAUUUUAAAAGUGUUUAGACUGAAUGGGAUAUUUACGAUCACGGAUAAACUGACAGUUCAUCAUCAAGUGCCGUAAUCCGUGAUCCGUUUGCAACAGUGCCGAAAUAUCGGAAACUCACAAAAACUAAUAAACAUGGUAAAUAUCUCAUUUUACGUUCAGUAACUUCAGUUCUCAUUUGAAAGAAAGGACAGGGUUUACCUGAGCUGGCCACUAUACCUAUUUCGGAUUACUACCGAUUAAAAUAGAAGGGUUUUCGCCAGCUUGCCUUAAAUGUGUGCCAAAAAUAACUAUGAAACUUAAAAUGUAAUAAAAAUAUUGAACGAAAAUUACUCUUUUCGCUCGUCCUCAAAAAUUAAACACUGUUGAAUGUAUAGAGAGCAUUUAUUGAUUUAUCCAUAUACAUAUUAUAGAGAAGAUAUAAAAUAUAUCCAUAAAACAUAGUCCAAAUUCUAUUACCGUUAUUUACAUACCUAUAAAACUUAUAAUCAAAAUAUUAUGUUACAGAAAUUAUAUACGAAAAUAAAUAUUUGUAGAAGUAAAACUACUUCCUUCCUUUCAGACCUUUGCAUAGAGGUCGCUACUAUACUUUUUAAGUGCCAAAAUCUGUCCAAUAAUAGUUAAAUUUAAAAAUAAUAUUCUUUUUCUUUAUUUUUUUACUUCUGCAAAUAGUAAACUAUGUAUCUGUAUUUAUUAAAUACUGAAAUAAACCUCACUUCGUCCUAUCUACUAUGUUUUAGCUAGACAAACUGAUUUAGACUAAUAUUUAGUUAGCUUCAGAUCCAAAGCCUUUAGUUUCGAUGGGUUACAUUUGUAUACAUUUUUCUCGAUUAUAAUUAUUGCUAAAGACAUUGUAUGUAUAAAAUAUACCUAAAGAUGUAUAAAAAAAAAAAACAAUUUAAAUGGCAAUGCCAUUUGGGAUACCCAGACAUCUCUGUUAGGUUCGGUUCAUAUCAGACGGAACAUGCGUCGCGUAUCAUCGGUCGCGUAACGCCAGAACAGACAAAUGUAUAGAAAAACAAUUGACCGUUCACACUCAACCGAUGAUACGUCAGUACGACCGAUUAUACGCUCGACUUAUUUUACAUCAGAUAUGAAUCGACCCUUAAGCUUGAAUAAAUAUCGAUAAAAUCGUGCAAAUGUUUCCCAUCACUAAACAAAACGCGUUUAAAUAGAUAGGAAAUAAAAUGUUAGUUAGGCAUUAUCCACAUGUCUAAAUAAGUCAGUCUAGCUACUUAUAUAAGGUGUUCUUAAAUUAUCCGCGACGGCUUUAAUGGGAGGUAGUGUUGUGUUUGAAGAUUACAAUAGUGAAGAAAUUUCGUACCCCGGACCAGGUAUACAAUUUGAGAACAUAAAGAAGUUAAAUAAACAUUGACUCUACUCUGCAUAACGUGGUUCACAAAUACGCACGAUGCGCCGAUUCGUCAAUAAAAACUAUUAAUAG